AUGCUUCUGCGGGAGCUACCGUGUUCCGAUCGCGAGCACAUGACAAGGUACAAUAUGAAUUCAUUGGCUUGCACGCCGUGUCUCUCGCCUGUUCGACACGAUAAUUGGCUCUACUCUACACCUCGCUGGAAGCCUUGGUGUCAGAUGAAAGUUGCAGACGUUUUCGAUCCGUAUUGGGAUGCCGCGUGGGUAGUGUGGGAUGAGGAAGAGCAAGAGAGAACUGCAAGGGGAAAUGCCAGCAUACCUGCACUCCCCGAUCCGUAUUGGGAUGCCGCGUGGGAAGUGUUGAAUCAGGAAGAGCAAGAGAAAUCUGCGAGGGAAAAAGCCAGAAUACUCGCCUGGAAGGCUAUAUAUGAGACGACACCGUGGGACCUCUUCGACUGGGAGCCCCAAGUGCAGUGGGCGGCGCAUGUCCAGGCAGAUGAUGGGAUGACAAGCCAGCUGUCAAAGCAAGAAGCUCAAGGCAAGGCUUACCGAAUCCAACAUGAGACCACAAGAACUCAUCCCUGGCUCAAUGGUAGACCUAUUGGGAUGCAGUACCAGGCUGAAACACUGGACGUGGAUAGUCAGCCUGCAUUGGACCAGAUCGCACCACCGCCGUCUACUUUCAGUACCGACUUGUCCGACUUCCUCUUGAAACCAGAAGUUAUCAGACUGUUGGACAUGCUCACCCCUACGUUGAGCCGGCUGCAUGAGAGCGGGUGUCAUUGA